AUGAAGCGACUACCAGGGAGUGACACAGUAUUUUGGCACCUAGAAACAGGAAAUGAAGACCUUCAGCUCAAGCCUACAGAGCUUUUGGGACCAAAGGGGAGAUGGAUGAAGAGGCGAGCAUUGGAGGAUCUUCGGUCUCCAAGGGUUCUGAUAGGCUGGUGUCAGGAGGCAGUCACAUUGCUAGGUACAGAACUCGCCACGACUGUGGAUUAUUCCGGUAUUACCAAAUCCAAAAAGUCUACAAUGAGAUGGGUAGGCGCCAAUCUUCAGCUAAAUGCAACAACGGCUGCUCCUUUUCAAAUCGGGGGUUCGGCAGGCAUGGCAUUCCAGAGAACAACCAAUACUCUCCGAUUCGACACCGCAAAAAACUAUCGGAAGUGCCUGAAUACCAGUGCGAUGGAACAGAUCAUUCUCUACGAUGCCUUAGAAUCUCGCGCUUGGCUCGUGUCCUUGAUCUGCGUCUUCCACGAGAUGCUGAUUGCCUAUUGGCAGAGAAAUGUUCCAGCGGAGCAGCGCAAGGACAAUAUGCCUCUAGCCAGGCCUCACCCCAAUGGUGCCUCGGCAUCACUAGUCGCUCUACGAGAUAAUGGGAACUGCAUUGUGGAGGGCUCAGAUAAAGACCAAUUAACCGUUCGAGAUAUGAUAUUAGGCUUCUCAAUCAACAUGUCAAAGAUAUCGCCAAAUCGUCCCAGUCGAUCGAAAGUAUUUGGCUAUGAGUUCAUGGACAUCGUCAUGGAGCCUACAAUCGUUCCUCUCAAGAAACGCAGCAUUGAAAAAGAAGCGUGGGCAUGGAAAUCAUUGUUGAGUGAAAUCAAAUGCCUUUUUUGCUCGCAGCUUGGAGAUGCCAUGCUUGGUUCCAGAAACCCGUCCAAAGAAUCCGAGUGCAAUAAACUCCCCAAGGGACUAGACUGGUUGGCCACAUCUAUGCACAGUAUUGUGGCUCUUGAUUCUCGACACGGUAAUUCAAAGUCUAUGGGGUAUGGGCUCUCCAGUCGACAUGUCUGGGUCAAGACCGGAAAUCCUUUUGGAAAAUGUGGAAAUUGUGAAAAUGGAGUCUGCUGGACAACCGGAUCGUUCUUGCAACGAAUACGCUCUACGCACAACUUGAAACUUGAAACUUCAGAUAACACACAGAAUCAGCGCGAUUCUGCAGUUGUGUUUGGCCUCGGACGAAUCAAAGCUGACUUUUCAUAUGAUAAGGGUUCUGGUGAAAGUCGGCAGGCCACUUCAGAUAAUAGUCCGCUCUACAUAAGAAGAGAAUCAAAAUUCUCAGCAGGUGAAUAUGCGAUUCCAAGAAGGGAUGCGAUUGAUCAGGGUCGUGGUGGACAGAUAUGUGGUAGAUUGAUGGAUGAAUUAUCAAGAUUCCUAUCCGGGUCUGUUUGUGAAUAG